AACAAGAAUCCACAAGGCCUGGUGGGACUGAGGAACCUGGGAAACACCUGUUUCAUGAACUCCAUCCUCCAAUGUCUGAGUAACACUUCAGAGCUGAGAGAUUACUGCCUGAGAAACGUCCAUCGCUCGGACCUGAACAACAACUGCACCACAAAUGCUGCUUUGAUGGAAGAGUUUGCAAAGCUGACUCAGACUUUGUGGACGUCAGUGAGCAGCGAGGCCGUCAGUCCCUCGGACUUCAGGAGCCAGAUCCAGAGAUACGCUCCCAAAUUUGUGGGCUGCAAUCAGCAGGACGCCCAGGAGUUUCUGCGCUUCUUAUUGGACGGCCUCCAUAACGAAGUGAACCGUGUGACGGUUCGCUCUAAUGUGUCCGACGAGGACUUUGACCAUCUCUCAGACGAUGAGAAAGGGAAGCGGAUGUGGAACAUGUAUUUGGAGAGAGAGGACAGCAAAGUAGUGGAUCUGUUUGUGGGUCAGCUGAAGAGCUCUGUGACCUGCAGCUUCUGUGGCUUCAGAUCCACAGUGUUCGAUCCUUUCUGGGACUUAUCCAUACCUGUUGCUCAGGUAAACACACACACCGGAAAGGAUAUAGU